AGGGAUGGAGGAGGGAUGGAGGCGGGCGGUGGGCGGGCGCGGGGCGGCGGCAGCCGGGGAGGCAGCCGGGCGCCCCGCGGACCAUUCGCGACCGGCGGCGGCGGCGGCAGCAGCGCGGGGCUCGGCGCGGUGCCCCCGCGGGCAGGGCUGGCAGCGGCGGCCGCCCCCUCCCCGGCGAUGAAGGCGAGCCCCGUGGCGAGCGCCGCGGCGGCGGCGGGGCCGGGGCAGGCGGCGGGGGGACCCGCGGGGGCGCCCGAUGCGCGCUGGCGGGAGAAGGGCGAAGCGGAGGCGGAGCGGCAGCGCACCCGGGAGCGGCUGGAGGCCACGCUGGCCGGGCUGGGCGAGCUGGAGUACCUGCGGCAGCGGCAGGAGCUGCUGGUGAAGAGCCUCCUGCUGCGGCGGCCGGCGGGAGCGGGGCCCGGGGCGCAGGGCGGCCGCGGGGAGCCGCCGGGAGAGGGGCCACCGCCGCGCAGCCUGGAGGAGAAGUUCCUGGAGGAGAACAUCCUCCUCCUGCGGAGGCAGCUGAACUGCUUGAGGAGGAGGGAUGCUGGGUUAUUAAAUCAGCUGCAAGAGCUGGAUAAGCAAAUAAGUGAUCUCCGCCUGGACGUGGAGAAAACGACAGAUGAACACCUGGAGACAGACAGUCGUCCAAGUUCAGGGUUUUAUGAGCUGAGUGAUGGAGCUUCUGGAUCGCUUUCCAAUUCAUCUAACUCUGUCUUCAGUGAGUGUUUAUCCAGUUGCCAUUCUAGCACUUGCUUUUGCAGCCCUUUGGAGGCAACACUGAAUAUCUCAGAUGGACGCCCUAAAUCUGCAGAUCUCAUAGGCUGGAUGGACUAUAAUAAGGAAGGCCAGCAUGAGGACCAGACUGCAGGCUCUGUCUGUCGCUCUUUAUCCACACCGCACUCAAAUUCCCUCGAUGUCGUUGCAGAUGUACAUCCCAAGUACCAGUGUGAUCUGGUGUCUAAAAAUGGGAACGACAUCUACCGCUACCCCAGCCCGCUCCACGCCGUGGCUGUGCAGAGCCCCAUGUUCCUCCUCCCCGUGACUGAGAACCCCCAGCGAGAAGAGGAGAGGCUCGCUUGCGAUAUCAGCGACGUUUGCACCCCAUCCGAAACGGACUCGGGACAAUCUGCCAACGCCUUCCCCCCGCAGAGCUCCUGGCCGGCUCCGUGCCCUUCCACCAGCAAGAGGAUAGACAGCUAUAUCUUAAGCCUGGUUCAGAAAAAGACUCACGCAGUAAGGACUAACAAACCCCGGACGAGUCUCAACGCCGAUGCCACCAAAGGGAUCUUGAGGCAUGGGAGCAUGUGUGUCCGGCAGCCAGCAGCAAUGGUGGCCCACGGCAACGUAGUGAACCUGAAGAGCUCCAAGCCGGUGUGUUUGCCUCCUGGUGGGGCUCCCGCUCCGGACCACACGGCUCCCUCCCCGUUAAAGCAGAAGCCAAGGGAGCCGUCUGGGGAGCAGCUGGAGAGUAGGAAGGCCCCUUUGCCAGCAGCUUUCCCACCCGGAACAACAACAGAACUCCAGAGCAAGCACCUGCCACGGGGCGUCAAACCGGCACCGCCGGAGCUGGGCCGCAACACCGCGGCCACGGCCGGGGACGUCCCCAGGGAGAACAGCCAGCUCUUUGCUGCAUCUCCCAAAGAGACCCCAGGGAAGCCGGUGGUGCUGCAGCCAGAGAGCAGGGUCAGCCAGCCUCCCAAAAAGAUCCUGUUGAAGAGCAGCUUGCAGGCCGCUCGCUCCUCGUCACCUGCUGUCGAGGAGAGGCCUGCGCUGGAUUUCAAAAGCGAGGGCUCUUCCUCACAGAGCUUGGAUGAUGGGCUGCUGGUGAACGCCCAGUACAUCCCGGCCCAGCAGCAAAGCAUGAAGCUUCACAAAGGCACCCGGAAUGUCAAGAUUUUGAAAAGCUCUGCGUUGAAACACAGGUCCCACCUUGCCAACGGGGUGGAAAACAGCUCACAGACCUUGAGGGAGAAAGCCAAACUGGUCGGCAAGAAGUGCCGCUUUCCUGAGGAGUUGGAUACAAAUAAGAAACUGAAAAAGCCCUCGUCGCGGGGGAAGAGAGGCAGCGGCCUGCCGCUGGAGCCGAGCCUCCCGGGCCGGCAGGCCGGCCUGCACAGAUCCGCCCUCCGCUCCCACGGGCACGGCCGGGAGGUUGUGGUGGCCAAGCCCAAACACAAGCGUGCCGACUACCGCCGCUGGAAGUCCUCGGCGGAGAUCUCCUACGAGGAGGCCCUGCGGAGGGCGAGAAGGAACCGGCGGGAGGGCGUGGGGGUCUACUCACAGGUGCCCCUGCCCUAUGUCAGCCCCUACGCCUACGUGGCCAGCGACUCGGAGUACUCGGCCGAGUGCGAGUCCUUGUUCCACUCCACCGUGGUGGACACGAGCGAGGACGAGCAGAGCAACUACACCACGAACUGCUUUGGAGACAGCGAGUCAAGCCUGAGCGAGGUGGAGUUUGUAGGGGAGAGCACGACCACCAGUGACUCUGAUGAGAGCGGGGGCCUGAUUUGGUCCCAGUUUGUCCAGACGCUCCCCAUUCAAACAGUCACGGCGCCGGAGCUGCAUGAAAAUGCGGCCAAGGCCUUUGUCAAAAUCAAAGCCUCCCAUAACCUCAAGAAGAAGAUCCUCCGCUUUCGGUCAGGCUCCCUGAAGCUCAUGACGACCGUCUAGUGAGGUGACUUGGUGGAAUGUAUCUGCUUCUGCUUUUGGAAGCAAGGUGCUUUUUUUUGUACAUAUUUCCACAGAUUUUUUUUUUUUUUUAAUACAAAUAUUUAAAACUUAAGGUAAAUUAUGUCACUUGUCUUCAGAACUUGGGUGGAUACUAGUGCCUUUUAUGUGGAAAUAAAAGACCGUUACACUUGUUUAAAAAAAACCAACAACACAACACUGCCAUUUCAGUGGUGAACAGCCUCCAGCGCAUGGUGUCAGAAGGCUUUGAGAAAAGGCUAAAAUGUUUCUGGGAAUGGAUCUUCUUUGCCUAGUUUUUCCAGUUCUGGGUUUUAUACAGGAUAUCGACAGCUUAAGGUCAUAAGUUUUUAGGGAAUAAAGGGGAGGGAGUGAGGGUGUUUCUUAAUGUUUUUGCUUGUCCCUUUCUGCUGCUGCUGUUGCCACAUCUUGAACUUUUUCCUUCUGGUACUCUGGUCUGUUUUUUUUUCUUUUCUUGUUGAUUCUCUUCUUGCAACUCACUCCUGUCCUCCCCCAGCCUUCCCCCACCAGGAAAGGGCUCUUGUUCAAUCUGUCUCCGAGGUUAAGUCGCCUUCCAUGGAGUGCAUUCUACUCUGAUCUCCUGGGAGUCCCACUGCGGAUGGCGGUGGUGUCCAGAGUAAACUGCAGCUGGAGCAGCUGACCAAGGCUUAGUAACUUCAUUAUAUUGUGUAAAACUGCUUUUGAAAAAGAAAAAAAAAACCCAUAUGCAUGUCACGUGCAUGAGUAUCAGUAGUUUUAAUAUUCCUGUUGAUGUCCAAUUUACUGUACAUCAUCAAUGGCUGUUUUAUAUAUAUAUAUCAUUGUGUAAAUUAAUAUAACACAUCAUAUGCUGUAAUAAACAGUCUGUUUUAAUACUU